GAUAUUUACAGAAGGUGUGAAAUUUGGAAAAACAGAGUGGGGUGAAGCUGUAUUUGGGGGAGAAGUUCAUCCAAAAGAGAAACUUUUGGCUCCUUCAGUUUGUGCACACUCUUUCCAAGUAUUUAAACUGACUCCAACUAAAGCUGUGAUGGCCCACAGAUGUUCCUGGUUUUCUAGAAAGUGUUCUGCUUAGACCAAGGGAAAAAAGGAAACAAAACACAAACUGCACAAAGGUCUUACACAAGUCUUUGCGCUGAGAAAUUAAAAGGUUUUAAUGAGUUCCUGAUCUUAGGUGAACUUAGUUUUUUAUUUUGGAACUGGCACAAACUUUUCAAAGUCCCUUUGCACACAUGUAAUUUUAAAGGGAUUCAUUUGAUAUUGUGAUCCAGGAACCCUGGAGAGCUUGCCACACUUCUUUCUCUGCCGUUUCUGUCCAUUCAUGUGAUCCAAAAAGUGGGGGUGGGAGGUGUUGAGAGCCAUCUGCUCUAUGUUUGUGAUGGUCAUGCUGCUGCUGAGUCAGUUUGGGGACCAAUCACACGACUGCCCUGACUUAAAAAAUGCAUCACAGAAAUUCUUAUGAUUAUGUUUUCCAAAAUCAAAAACUGCAGCACAUUCUCCCUAUGUUAAUUAUAGAUUUGAUUCAAGAAAUAUAGACUUAUAGACUGUAGAGGCUAUGCUAAGUGUGAAUUUAUCUUCAGCAAGCAUCAUUCUUAUGGGGUCUACAUGGGAUUUUCCACAGGUUACAUAAACUCCCAUGUUAUAUUUACUUGGUUGAUGUGGAAAAAACAAACAAAGCAAACACUUUGGAUUAAAAGUAGGAAACAUAUGGGUCCCAGAUGUGUUGCUGAAUUUAAGCUUAUUUUAGUUUUAAGUAAAGUAUUUUAGUUAUUUUAGUGAGACAUAGCAAAUACAUUCAUAGGGUAUUGUUAAUGUUGCUGAUACUUGGUAAACCCAGUGAGCUGCAAACAGGAAGCACAUUGGCACAGAUUCACUUGGGACCCAUCCAGCUUGAGCAAAAUCUGCGUGGGGAGAGUGGCUGAGAAAUGGAUUCAUAGGACGGUGGCCACAGGUUAACAAUGGCUCCUGUUAACUGCCUUCACAGAUAGCAUGUAAAAAACUGAGCUAUUCACAAAAAUAUUUGGUUAUCAGAUGAUACACAAAUAAACGACUGCGGUGCAAAUGAAGUUGUUAAUCAAGCCUGUGUGACCACAAAGGGGAAGUAGGAGAGCAUUAGGCUACUGCACAAUUAAAAUGAACUAUGAAUUCAAAAGUUAGCUUGUUACCUAUAAAGUGUGGUAAAGUUUUAAUUUUUGAAGGCGCAGAGUUUUAGCUAUGGACAAAAAUGAACCGAUCGCCGUCAGCUUGCUCUAAUUUUAAUAGACACCCGUCAUGUAGCUCAUGUUUGCAGUCAUAGAAAGAGUGCCGCUCCGUAUUGAAAUCUGUAUGCGCGACUUCUUCAUCCGUGGGAUCUCCGCGCACAUCACAAGUCAAAAUGUGCACCAAAAGGUACAGUUCAGGGUGUGGGAAAAUUAGGACAGUGUGAAACCAUUAGAGCAACGAGCUGCUCAGAAAGUGUUACACAGAUGAGAUAAAUUCCGGAGCCGCCAAACGGAGCUUUCUGAUUGAGGCAGAGAUGUUCCUUCUCAGCGGUUUCUCUUACUGCUUGCUUCUCGGCGACUUUAACACGUAUUCUCUCCGUCUCACCGUGUUUGCGUCUGUCACCACCUCACUCCCCCUUCCUCCCCUCCUCGCCUCUCUCUCUUCUCACACACACACGCAGACACACACAGGCACCGGUUCCCACGGUGGCGGGGGCAGCUGAGCGGCGUGUCAAUCUGCGCACAGCGUCACCUCUUUUCACUUGCAAAAAGGAAGUAGCGGAGGGCUUUUGUUAUUUGAAGUCCCACAGUCUAGUCGCUUUAAAAACAACUGGACUAUAUCCGCCGUUUAUGAUUUAAACAGCCACCUAUAAUCUCCUGAUCGGAGGUGUUUUUACACGGGGAGCCCGGGCCCGUUUGGGGCUCAUUUGACUGCUAUUUAUAUCUUUUGGUUCCUGCCCAUACAAGCUGGUAAAUCCAAACGGCACAGACGUUUGGAACCCCUGGAACCAUGCAUGUGCCGAAAUAUGCACAGGUCAUCCCCAUAUUUCUCGCAUUACACUUACAAAAAAAAAGAAAAAAAAAAAGAAAUAAAAAUAAUAAAAUACAUUAUUUUAAAGGGAAAAGAAAAUGACACAUUUUUGAAAAUUCCAUCCAUCCAUCCAUUUUCUUACACCCUUCUUCCCUAAUGGGGUCGGGAGGGUUGCUGGUGCCUAUCUCCAGCUGCGUUCCGGGCGAGAGGCGGGGUUCACCCUGGACAGGUCGCCAGUCUGUCACAGGGCAACACAAAGACAUACAAGACAAACAACCAUGCACACACACACUCACACCUAGGGAGAAUUUAGAGAGACCAAUUAACCUGACAGUCAUGUUUUUGGACUGUGGGAGGAAGCCGGAGAACCCGGAGAGAACCCACGCAUGCACAGGGAGAACAUGCAAACUCCAUGCAGAAAGACCCCGGGCCGGGAAUCGAACGCAGGACCUUCUUGCUGCAAGGCAACAGCUCUACCAACUGCGCCACUGUGCAGCCCAUUUUUGAAAAUUAUUUUUGCAAUUUUUAUUCUUAACUCCCAUGUCCCUAAAUAAAAAGUUUAUUCAUAAAUCUACUGCUGAAUAGGUAGAGGCUUGUAACAUUAAAAGGCAGAUUCAUAAUGAUCAAUGAAUACAGCAAACAGAAGUCUGAAGCAGGAUUUGGUUCUGAGAUAAUAUACAAAAUUACUAACAUCUUAUUGAGCACUAUAAACCAUCUGAAAAUGGAACUGAUAUAAUACAAUCAUCAAGAGAGCCACAGUUAAGGUGCGUACAGGUGCUGCACACUGCACAAAUCUGAUCAUAUUGAUAAAACAGCAAGAAUAAAGCAAUGUUCACAAUGAAGCGAUAAGAACUCUCGUUUAUACUUUGUCACAAGCCUUAUUGUGUUGAAUUUGAGCACACAAUUCUCAGGAUGCAAUAGGGUGAUGGCAGUAUUAGGGACAGGAAAUAACCAAGUUUCACUUUUAAAACUGUUUUAAUAAAGAGUGACCCAAAGUGACAGAUUAAAUGGGAUGAAGCAUAGUUGUGUUGGGAACUUCCAGUCGCCUGGCUGAAAGUCUGCACCAGCGCUUUUCCCUCGGUAACAACUUGCUGGCUGCGAAAUGUUUUUGAUAAAAUAAGAUGCAGAUAGAUCUGAUCUGAUAACUUAAAGAGUGCCACCUGUUGAUUUUAAAAUGCACAUUACACUACAUUUUCUUUCAAGUUUUUGAGCUGCAAGUGGGAAACUUUUCUCCAGCUAAUUUUUGAGUUUCCUUCCAUCAAAAAAAGAAAGACAGAAAAAAAGGAAUAGGGGAAUUCGCAAAAUACUAAACCACAAAAGGUUGGAAUCCACUGAGCUUCUAAAUUUAGCAGGUGUUCUAUAUUUCUUGGUUCAUAUAUAUGUAUUAUUAUCAAACAAUAAAUAGCUGUCAUGUAUAGGACUGAUUUACACUCAUCAAUGUGUUGCCUUAGCGAAAAAUAAUUGUUGCUUUUCUGUUUUUAAAAAAACACAUCAUGUUGUGCAUUUUUCCAGUACAUGUUUGUAUAACACCAAGAAACCAUAGUACUUUUUCUUAAGCUUAUCAUACAAUGAGACAUUCAAGUAUGGAUGAUUAAAAUGAGAAAUAAGUUGAACAGUGGUAUCCAGUCUUAGGGCCCCAUAUAAUCUUUAUCCGGCCCUGCAUGUUGACCACCAUACCACAUCGGUUAUUAUUGCGACACUCCUUUCAAUUCACUGCACUGCGUGGCAAGCAGGAUAUCAGAAAUAAAAGCUCAAAACAGAAACAUUCUGUGGCAACAUUAUUUGGACCUCCAACCCCCCCACAACCAGCAUCUCUCUCUCUCUCUCUCUCUUCGUGUCUCCCUCUCUCUCUUUCUCUUUCUCUCUCUCUCUCUUUCGUUGUCUCUCUCUCUCUCUCUCUCCCUGAAAACCACGCCGCCCACCCCACAGACACACAGGCAAGGCUCUGAUCCCGCCCUCUAACCCAGCCGGCAGCCUAUAACCUCCGCGCUUCUCCGCCCAUUCCUCCACAGUUGAUUCUUCGGGAAGGCAUUGUCAUGCAAAUAAAGGACGCGUAAAACUAUUCCCCCGGAGCACGGCGCAGGGCAGAGACUCAUAAGGACCGCGAGGAGGAGGAACACACGCAUCCCGGGGCCCCGCAAAAGUGGUUUAUCUAUCGCCACAACACGACCCGUCCAUCUAAUGCAGACCUCUGCAUGGCCACAUGAGCAGCCACAUAUAGCCAGGAAGCUGGUUGGACCGCUUGAGGAAAGCUGACGGGGACCCAACAACGAGGAGGCUGCCCUUUGGUGAUUGUGGUCAUACUUCCAGUCUCCCCAGUGAAAUCGGAGGUGUCUCUUCAUCUCCCUGUCCAGGCUACCUGCUGCUGCUGCUGCUGCUACUACUAGAGAAGGAAAAUUACAACCAGAGACCCCUGGAGCGCUCCUUGACACUUUUAUGUUUUAGGGGAUUUAGGAUUUCUCGAAUAUUAACGUUUUUGCACACCAGGUGUGCCGUUUUCCCUCUUGUCCUUUUUUGGGAUAUAUCCAGUGAUCUUCCACCGUUAAAGUGCCUUAAAACUGGGUGUAAUCCAGCAUAACUGUGGCACUGUUACCAGACCAGAGACGCUCGACACAGUUUUAGAGCCGAGGCAGGAUUAUUUCUCGUUCCCCCUCAAACUUCAGCGAGUUGCCACCAUGAGCCAGGCGGAUGUGUCGACUUGCUCCGCGCCGCAGAGGGUCUUCCAGGAGGCAGUGAAGAAGGGGAACACAAAGGAGCUGCACUCGCUGCUGCAGAACAUGACAAACUGCGAGUUCAACGUCAACUCCUUCGGACCGGAGGGACAGACAGCGCUCCACCAGUCCGUCAUCGACGGCAACCUGGAGCUGGUGAAGCUGCUGGUGAAGUUCGGCGCAGACAUCCGACUGGCUAACAGGGAAGGGUGGAGCGCUUUACAUAUUGCCGCCUUCGGGGGCCACCAGGACAUUGUGCUAUACCUCAUCACCAAGGCCAAGUAUUCCUCUGGGGCCCGGUGAUCUGUCUCUGCUGUCAGGUAAAAGUAGAACAUUAAAGAAAGAAAGAAAAGAGCAAAACACAUCAGCAACAAAUUCAAUCUUAAAACUGCAACGCAAGGAGAAAACAUGCUCUUUUCAAAAUAUAGCUGCCAUUAUUUACAUAUUUGUGCCAAAAUAUAUGGAAAGGAAAUAAAAUUACGCAAAAAUCUCCCUUCUCUGUAAACCAAACAGGGCCAUCUGUGCGCACCGCAUGGUUCACUCAGACCAGAGCCGGCCCGAGGUUGUAAGGGGCCUUUGGCAGAAAUUGAUGUGUGGGGGGAGGGGGGCACAUACUUUUUCAAUUAAUCACCAGCGACCACUGACAGAGUUAAAUCACAGGUUUCUAUGAAGAUGGGAAAAAUGUGACUGGUUGCACUGGGAUGUUUCUAGACCUAAAGCCAAACUGAUGCAGACCAUCUAAAUGCAAGCAUCCUAGAAGUACGAUCUUCUUGUAAUAUUUAAGCUGGCUGUGUUUUUCAGCACUUUAUGGUUGAAUAUUUGCAACUUUUUCCCAGAUAAAUAAAUUAGACUUAUUCAAAUCCAGUUGCAGUGUGCAAAAAUUAUAAUUUAAGCCCAGAAAUAACAAACGCAAAACAUUUAACUGCACUGUAGUUAUUUACUGUUAGUUCAUUUACUGUUCUUUUUAAAAAAUAAUAAUUUCUAAUCUUUUAAAUUAACUUUCCUGAAACAAUCUAAUCAACUAUAAAACUAAACUAAUUUCACUAUAUAAAUCUGCAAUUUUUAAAUUUAUAUUCUUUCUAAAACAUGGGCCCCCUUCUGAUUGUUUUGGAGCCUUAAGCAGUGCUUCUUUUUCACUUAUUCCUUGGGCCGGUUCUGUCUCACACACAUUCACGCAGCGCUUCAUUAUGAAUCUCUCACAAAAAGCACCUCACUUCUGUGAGCUCGUUGGUACUUAAAGCUUUCGUCUUGAAUGUUCAUACAACAUCGUGUCAUUAUACAAGAAACUGUCACAUCGUGUGUGUGUGUGUGUGUGCGUAUGUGUGUGGAUAGUGGAGUGCAGAUGGCCCAGUUUUUUCAUUCAAAGUGAAUCGUUUCUUUCUGGGAGUGCAGAUUUGACCUGUUGCUCCUCAUUGUCCUGUAAAAAUACCCACUUUUUUUUGUAAGUUAUUUUUAUGUGAAACACGGCACUUGAUGCUGCUCGGCUGCAUGCUGGAAUAUCUGAAAGGGAAGACACACGAACAAGAGGAGAAGCCCUCUGUUGGUUUCCUGAGGUCUCUCUUUUUUCCUAAAUUAAUUCAUAUUGUAAACUCAAAAUGAGGAUCAUACAGCUACAACUGUAUUUUUUAUGUAUUCAGGGUUCCUGCUCAUUUUUCUUGUCACAACUCCACAUGUUUCUGGACUCACAUCAACAGAGUUCUCAUUUUGCAAAGUUCACUCUCUACUUACUUCAGACAUUUUAUUUUAUUGAGGUCAAGCUUUGGAAAAGGAAACCUGCAAAACUCCCAGAUUCCAAGAAUAAAUGGAUGCAGCAUUUAGACAACGGGAUAAAGUCUGGAGACAGAAACGUGUUUCCAGAGUUUAUAAAAUUUUUCCAUACAGCGUAGGAACCCUGUGAGUGACUCCAUUGUUGUUGUGAAGUACUGUACACAAUAGCUUUACUUUUUUGACAGUAGCUGAAUGGGCUCUGCAAACACACAUUUUGCCAUUGCUGGUGUCCCAACCUUUCAGGCCAGUGCGACCACUCCGCCCUGGUGGUCAUCGUAUUAAGAACCGCUGCUUUCGCUUUGUAUGUCGUUAAAGAAAAAAAAAAAGGAAAAUUUGGAUUUCACUUUAUAAUCUCCUUUCAGUAUUCUGUUAACAUCCUAGUCCUCACUGUGAAAGCAGGCUGAUUUUAUUGUCUUUUUUUUUUCUUUUAUAUUUAUGAAGGUACAUUGAAAAGAUGCAUUUUUGAAUAUGUUGUGGUUCUACUUUUUAAAAGAAAACACCUGUAGAGUCAGAGUUUAGUGGGUGACUCAAGCUGCUUCAGACUCUUCUUUUAAAUUUUUUUUUUUGAGUGCAAACCUGCAACCCCCCUCCUCCUUAGAUGACCCACAGCUUUAGCCUUUUGACCCUCAAGAGGACUUUCAAUUAAACUGACUUUUCUUUUUUCUUUUUCGUUUGGUUGCCCUUUUCCCAGCUACCUCGUCUGUAAAGUAUUCUCAAGCUGUUCCGCCUUCUCCCAGCUUGCCCUGCCAAUCAUGCCAGUAUCUGUCUGCUAUGUAACCUUAACAGAGACGAUGGACUUCGGUGCAGAAGAUGCAAUGCAUUCCUCAGUCAGGACAGUUUAUGUUACACUACAACCAAACCAGUGCUGACUAAAGCUUAGCCCCCCCUGCCUCUGAACUCCACUUUACUCUUUCUUCCUCUCUCUGUGUCUUCAUCAGCCUGUUUUAUUUUAUUUUAUUUUUCAUUGUAUAGCAUGACUUAUAAAUGCAGGGAGUUUUAUUGCACAAAAAAAAAAAAAAAACAGAGCCUUGCGCACCCCUAGUGUUCAAACGGGGUAACUUCAGAAGGCUUUGGAAUAUUUUCUACUACUGAGCAGGAUUCUUUUUACUGAUGGAUGAUGAAGACUUUAUGAAAACAUCUACGUAUGACUAUUGCAGGAUGUCACACAAUAAAUAAAAAAGGAAAAUUGGAUUUUGUAAGCUUGCCUGCUACAUUUUGAGAGUCAUGACACCCUAACUGUUUUUUUUUUGUUUGUUUGUUUUUUUUUUUUAACAAUGCUGCUUGUUUUGUGUCUUUUCUAAUUAAUGAUUAUUUUUUUAAAGCCUACUGCUUCACAGCAACACUGGUCUAACUCAUGAGAAGCUUUUUUUUUUUUUUUUUAAAGUGUCUUUUAUUUCCGCGUAAGCCUGACGUGUUUGUGUUUGCUUCUCAUGGGGGCCCGUGUGGCUUUUAAACAGUGAUCAGCCAGACUGAGAAGCUUCCCUGGAAUAAUCAUCCGGAAUCCUAUAAUAAAGCUCCACUACGACAAGGUAUAGAGUCACAUCAGGCAACAAAUAAAAUAUGCAUCGCUUGUGUUUAAACUUGAUCUUUCUUUUUUUUUUUUUUUUUUUUUGUUAAGAAAAAAAAAUAUUGCACUGAUGACUGUUGUUGAAAAGUUGGCUUUUAUGUGUCAACAUUGAAUUUUUUUCUGAAUAGAAAAAAAAACAAACACAACAAAAUACUAUUGUAUAUGUAUACGCUCCAGGUGAUAAUGUCCUAAUGUAUGUUUUACUUUGUGGAAAAAAAACAUGUUUUUCAACAAAGAUGUGUGUAUCUCUGUGAUUGGGUGUAUGUAUAUAUACAUAUGGAUAUAUAUAUCAAUGCUGAUGAUGAUGAUGAUGAUGAUGAUGAUAUCUUGGGGCACUUUCUUUUCUGAAGUGCUGUCUUCCUGUUGUGUCGUUUUAAAAGGGGGAUUAAUACAUUUGAUGGUAAGAUCAUUGUAACGUGGUUAAAAAUUGCACGCUUGUGUGGUUAUACGGCUCACCGAGUCAUAACAUUUAUGACGCGCAGAGCCAGCUGUCGGAAUGGUGUACAUGAGUGAGAUGAUAUUUUUUUUCUAGAAAAAAUGGAGGAGAAAAAAAAAAAAGAAAGAAAGUGAGUAAGUGCAGAUAUUUUUUUCGGGUCAGUCAGCAUGUGUUUCUGGUCUUGCUUCAUUUCAAGCAAAAGGAAACAGAUGAAUCUUUAAUGAGUGAUGCAGAUGUUCCAUCUUGUCUGUUUUAUUUUAUUUCUUUUUGUAUACUUUUCUUUUUGAACAUUUGUAACACUGUGAUGAUGGUGACGUGACGUCACAUUGAGAUGAGUGCUGUAUUAUUUUUGUACGUUUGUGUACAAGCCAGUAAAGAAAUCAUUAAACUAAAAAAAAAAAAAGAAGAAAAAAAAA